AUGUCUACUUCUGAUUCAACUUCCUCUCUUCCCGUUACUCUUGAUUCCAUCAAUCCCAAGGUUCUGAAAUGUGAGUAUGCGGUUCGUGGAGAAAUUGUCAACAUUGCUCAGAAGUUACAAGAAGACUUGAAGUCUAAUAAGGAUGCUUAUCCCUUCGACGAGAUAAUCUAUUGCAAUAUUGGGAAUCCUCAAUCUCUUGGUCAGCUACCUAUAAAGUUCUUCCGAGAGGUUCUUGCGUUGUGUGAUCACACAAGCCUUUUGGACGAGUCUGAAACACAUGGUUUGUUCAGUACUGAUUCUAUUGACCGAGCAUGGAAGAUUUUGGACCAAAUUCCCGGAAGAGCAACUGGUGCUUACAGUCACAGCCAGGGUAUCAAAGGAUUACGUGAUACAAUUGCAGCUGGAAUCGAAGCCCGUGAUGGUUUCCCUGCUGAUCCAAAUGAUAUUUUCUUGACCGAUGGUGCAAGUCCAGCGGUUCACAUGAUGAUGCAACUUCUCUUAAGCUCAGAGAAAGAUGGUAUUCUCUGCCCUAUUCCUCAGUAUCCGUUGUACUCUGCUUCAAUUGCCCUCCAUGGUGGAUCUCUGGUUCCGUACUAUCUUGAUGAAGCAACAGGAUGGGGACUGGAAAUAUCUGACCUUAAGAAGCAACUGGAGGAAGCUAGGUCUAAGGGAAUUACUGUAAGAGCCUUGGUUGUCAUAAACCCCGGUAACCCAACUGGGCAGGUUCUUGCGGAAGAAAACCAGCGUGACAUUGUUAAAUUCUGCAAGGAAGAGGGUUUAGUUCUUUUAGCUGACGAGGUCUACCAAGAAAAUGUUUACGUCCCUGACAAAAAGUUCCAUUCUUUCAAAAAAGUAGCUCGGGCUUUGGAAUAUGGCGAAAAGGAUAUUGCUUUAGUCUCGUUCCAAUCAGUCUCCAAAGGUUACUACGGAGAAUGUGGAAAGAGAGGAGGUUACAUGGAAGUCACUGGAUUCUCUCCCGAUGUGAGAGAACAGAUAUAUAAAGUGGCUUCUGUGAAUCUUUGUUCUAACAUCUCUGGUCAAAUCCUUGCUAGCCUUGUCAUGAGCCCACCCAAGCCUGGCGAUGACUCAUAUGACUCAUACAUGGCAGAAAGAGAUGGAAUUCUCUCGUCAAUGGCAAAACGUGCAAAGACUCUUGAAGACGCUCUAAACAGCUUAGAAGGCGUUACAUGUAACAGAGCCGAAGGAGCGAUGUAUCUCUUCCCGAGAAUUAACCUUCCUCAAAAAGCGAUUGAAGCUGCAGAGGCCGCAAAGACAGCACCAGAUGCAUUCUACUGCAAACGCCUUCUCAACGCCACUGGAGUAGUUGUAGUCCCUGGUUCUGGCUUUGGACAGGUUCCUGGAACAUGGCACUUCAGGUGCACAAUACUUCCGCAAGAAGACAGGAUUCCGGCGAUAGUGAAUCGUCUCACAGAGUUCCACAAGAGCUUUAUGGACGAGUUCCGCGACUAA